GCGAGUUGUGUGUGAAAUAAAAUAUUAGGGGCAAAUCGGACGGUCCAAUUUGCAAGGAGGAAAAAAUUGAAUUUUGGACGAAGCAAAUCGGACCAUCCGUAUGGCUCCUCACGUUCAGGGAUGCAUGUGCUCCUCUGUCAGCAGUCGUCAGCCAUCCCUUUCACCUUCUCUCUCACGCAACGUCGCAUCCUUUUCACCGAAUCACUGAGCCAACCUUCCCUCUUCAUGGAUCUGCUUGAAUAGGUAAUGAUUUCUUUGAACCCUAGCAGCUUUGCUUUCUUCUUCAAAUUUUGUUUCGUCUGCGGUACGAAACUCUGUCUACGAGCUGUGUUCUCCUGGAAGUUUGUUCGUCGCCGUUCAUCUGGGUUACUGAUUUCCCAAUUUCCCGGUAAGAUUCAAGAUCUCAGAUUAAUCAAUCAGGUUCAUCGAAACCUAUUAUCCUCUUGGUUUUUUUCUUUUCCUUGAUUUUGUCGAUCUUUGUGAUGAAUUUUGUCAUCGGUUCGACGAUUGAUGUAGGUUUUAUUGUGUAUGGUUCCUGAAAUCCUUGAUUGUGUAAAUUCUGAUCAUUUUUUGUAUCUGUUCUAUGGUUAAUUGAGAUUUUAUUUUCUAGGGUUUGUGAAAUUCCUAAUCUUGCAAAUUGUGAUCGUUUUGGUAUCUAUUCGAUGUUUAACCCACAUGUUAUUGUCUAGGGUUUCUGAAAUUUCUAAUUUGCAAAUUCUGUAUGUCACUUGGUUUUUUUGUGGGUUCAUGUUCUUGGUUAUAUUUUUUUGGGUGUUGCUGUUAACCUUCAGUUUGAACUUAUUAUCAGAUCUCCUUUUGGUACCUGUUGAAUUAUUUGUUGCAUGUGUUUUGUGUUUUUCAUGAAUAUAUUUAUGAUUUAUUACUUUGUUUACAUUCGACAAAUCCCUUGAGUUUUUAAACUGUUUUCUGUUUUGAGAAACAUGUUCUGUUAUCUAUGUUUGAUGUAAUGUUCACAUGAAAAUGUGGUUUGGAUACAUAAUAAGGUUGUUCUGUAUAUUCUUUAUUGGGAAUCCGAAAUUUGGGCAUCUUUAACAAGGUAUGAGGUUUGAAUCACAUCCCUUUCAUGAAUGUUGAUGUCAUUUUGAGAUUUUUUUUAAUUUUUAUCUAAACUUUUUUUUCCCACUCAUCUGCUGUUUUGAAUGUAUCCUUACCUAACACAUUUACCAACUCUCAUUGUGAUAAGUAGAAUCAUUGUUUGGGGUAGUUGAUUACUGUCUUCCCUAUGGUCUUAUGAGGUGUAGCUGCACUGUAGUAGCUGUUGGAAGGACAUGCACCUCCUUGACCCCAAGUUAAGAGGUUCAUUGAGAAAAGAAUGGCCUUGUGCCAUUAAAAUGGCUUCAAUGUGUUCUUUCUCUAACUAGCACAUGUCUUUCCCCAAAGAAAUAAGUAUCCAGCAGCUGGUCUUCCCAUCAAAAUGUUUUUUUCACAUGUAAUAAGGUUGUGCUAUAUAUUCUUUAUUGGAAAUUUAAAAUUUUGGAAUCAUUAUCAAGCUAUGAGGUUUCUGUCUCAUCCUUUUCCUGAAUGUUGAUGUGAUUGACAGGUUUUUAUUAAUGUUUAUGUAUACUUUUGCUCCCAUUUAUCUCUUGUCUCCAAUUUAUUGCUACCUAAUACAUUUACUAACUCUCAUUGCCAGCACUAGAAUCAUUAUUUGGGGUAGUUGGUGACUGCCUUCCCUUUUCUCGAAUGACAUGUAGCUGCAUUGCAGUAGUUGUGGUGUGAAAUCUUAAUUUUUGGCCCCUAUUUUUUUAUUUCUCCAAAAGUUUACUUCUUUUUCCUGUUUUUGUGUUGGUUCAGCUUUUGCUGCUAUCAUUAGUUGUCUAUGUGCCAUUGGAUGGAGAUGAGAAUGUAGGAAUACCUAUCAAGGGUUUUGAUCCUAUGAUUAGUUGUCUAUAUGCUAUUCAAUGGAGAUGACCAUGUGAGAAUGCCUAUGAAGGUAUGGGCUUUCUAUCAAACCUAUUUGGUGAGUAGUGAUGUGAUUGAUAUAAAUUGAUUUUUCCAUCAAAAUGUGUUUUCCAUAUGUAAUAAGGUUGUGCUAUAUAUUCUUUAUUGAAAAUUUAAAAUUUUGGAAUCAUUAUCAAGGUAUGAGGUUUCAGUCUCAUCCUUUUCGUGGAUGUUGAUGUAAUUGACAGCUUUUUAUUAAUGUUUGUGUAUACUUUUGUUUCCAUUUAUCUCUUGUCUCCAAUUUAUUGCUACCUAACACAUUUACUAACUCUCAUUGCCAACACUAGAAUCAUUAUUUGGGGUAGUUGGUGACUGCCUUCCCUUUUCUCGAAUGACAUCUAGCUGCAUUGUAGUAGUUGUGGUGUGAAAUCUUAAUUUUUGGUCCCUAUUUUUUUAUUUCUCCAAAAGUUCACUUCUUUUUCCUGUUUUUGUGUUGGUUCAGCUUUUGCUGCUAUCAUUAGUUGUCUAUAUGCUAUUGAAUGGAGAUGACCAUGUGAGAAUGCCUAUGAAAGUAUGGGCUUUCUAUCAAACCUAUUUUGUGAGUUGUGAUAUGAUUGAUAUGAAUUGAUUUAUAGCUUUUUCCUCAUUGAAUGAAAGAUUUGGUUAUUCAACUCAAUUUGAUUCUCAUUUCUUUUAAAUUAUUUAUGUCAAAAUUAUUUGCUAUUUCACCUCUUGAAAAGACAUGGGGUGUUUCUCCUGAAUUUUAUAUGUCAUUCCCAGUGGAAUUGGCUUUCUUAGAUUAAGAUGGUUAGAUUAAGAUGGUAUCAUCUUGCUAUUUUUCCCCACUCAUCUGUUGGUUUGAAUAUAUCCUUACCUAACCAAUUUAUAUCAACUCACAAUUUCUGGUCCCUAUUUCUUGAUUUCUUGAAAGUUUCACUUAUUUUUCCUGUUUUUGUGUUGGUUCGGGUUUUGCUCCUAUGAUUAGUUGUCUCUAUGCUAUUGAAUGGAGAUGAGAAUGUGGGAAUGCCUAUGAAGGUGUGGACUUUCUAUCAAACCUAUUUGGUGAUUACUGAUGUCAUUGAUAUGAAUUAAUUCAUAGCUUUUUCCUCAUUGUACCUAAUCUAUUUAUGAGUGGUGAUGUGAUUUACAAAAAAUGAUGUGUAACCUGUUGUUUAUUUGUUUAUUUUUUUUUUCAAGUUCAACUGAAUUGGAUUAGAUUUAUCUCUUGGUUGUUUUAAUUCUGUUUUAUUCUUCAGCUGUUAGAUGGAGAUACACCUGCUUGGCCUCAAGUUAACACGUUCCUUGAGAAAAAAAUGUCCUUGUGCGAGUAAAAUGGGUUCAUGCUAUUAUUUGUCUAACUAGCACAUGUCCCUAGCCAAAGAAAAAACUAUCCAGCAGCUGGUCUUUUCAUGAAAAUGUGUUCUCCACACAUAAUAAGUUUGUGCUAUAUAUUCUUUAUUGGAAAUUGGAAAUUUGGGAAUCAUGAUGGACGUAUCAGGUUUCAUUAUCAUCCAUUUCAUGAAUGUUGAUGUGAUUGACAUGUUUCUAUUCAUGUUUGUCUAUACUUUUGUUCCCAUUAUCUGCUGUUUCCAAUGUAUCCCUACCUAACAUAUUUAUCAACUCUGAUUGCCAUCACUAGAAUCAUUGUUUGGGAUAGUUGCUGACUGCAUUUCCUAUGGCCUAAUGACAUGUAGCUGCACUACAGUAGUUGUGGUGUGAUAUCUCAAUUUUUGGUCCCUAUUUUUUUAUUUCUCGAAAGUAUCAAUUCUUUUUCUUGCUUUUGUGUUGUUUCAGCUUUUACUCCUAUGAUUAGUUGUGUAUGUGCCAUUGAAUGGAGAUGAGAAUGUGGGAAUUUUUAUCAAGUCUUACAGUGCGAUGUGCAUUGUUUGGGGAUUAUGUUAAUCAAGUGAAUCAUUUCCUUGCCUCUGGCUAUGUGGAGCAGCCUGUUGUGGUGAUUCAGCUUGCAAAAGUCAAGUUCUUUAGGGGUCAAGUAGGUCUUCAAAAUGUGAUGUAUGCCACUCAAAUGUUAUUUAAUCCUGAUAUUCCUGAAGUUGUUGAGUUCAGGCAGAGUAUGAUUGAGCAAGGUGUCAAUGGUACCCAUCCGCUGUUUAUUGCAAAUGAGGGUAAAGUUCUCUCAUUGGAAGAUGAUUUCAUGCGUUUAACUAGAAAAUGCACUAUUGAAGAGCUUCAAGAUAACAAUCAGGAGGGUUCUUUUAUCAUUUUUGGUGCAAUUCAAGGUAUUGUUGAGGAUGGAGGUUGGUGGUAUUCUGCUUGUGUGUGGAAAGGGUAUCUAUCCUCAAAAUGGUGCAUAUUACUGUGAUUUUUGUUUGAAGCACAUAACUAAUGUCACUCCAAGUAGGAGACAAUAUCUAUUCUUUCUUCUUGAAUCUUUAUAGCACGUCUCUCUAUUUGAUAAGUCUCAAUGGCCAUGAAUGCCAAUAGAGAAGAUCCAAAUAGGAGGUUUUUAGCAACCCAGGUAUACUGGCCCAGCGAAAAAGAACUGGUUUUUAGAUUUCGCGUUUUCAAUAAGCAGGGUGAUAGAGCUCUUCCCCCAAAUUUUGUUUCAACUCAUGGGGAACGAUUGGGGCUAAUGUUCUAUGUCAUUGACGAGUUAGAUAAUUGUUUAGUGCUGGAGGUGGUAAGAAAAAAUGAUCAGUUGCUCAUAACUGACUCCUCAUUUGAACAUAUUAGAACUUUCUAUUUUAUCGAUAGAGGGGCAUCUGUUCAAUUUAGGUAUGUCGGUUUUGGCAUUUUUUUUAUUUCAUUGUGGGAUAAGGAUAACCAACCCAUCCGAGUUCACCUUGAUCCUGACUUCUAUGUUCCUAAGCUAAUGGACCCAGAGACACUUGAUAAUGUAUCAAGAGUGUUCCACAUAAAGUACACCAGGAUGGAUGAGGACUCAUCAGCUGAUGUGAUUGUUCUCUCCGGGUCUGGACCAUCGGAUGAUCAGUUUUCAUCAGAUGCUGAUGAAGACAAUGAUCAAAGUGGGGCACUGGUAGGGGAUAAUCCCAAUGAUCCGAUAGAUUUGUCUAGUGGAAGUAGUUUAUCAUUGGAGGUUAAUGAACAAAGUCAUGCGGCAAACGAGUUGGUUGAUCCUAGAUACUCUCCAGAGGUUUCUUAUGAAAAGAAAAUCACAGCUUCGGAUGUUGCACAACCUAGAUUGUAUUUGGCUUCAAAAUUCGCUGCGUAUCUUAAACUGUGUGGAGAUGGCUCAAUUUGGAUAAUCACUGGUCUAGAUUCUAAUGUAGAGAAGAAUGUCUUCUUCCACUUACUGAAAAGUGGAGGAAGAGGUGGAGAAUGGAAAUUUGGAGUUGGGUGGAGGGAAUGUUGUAGAAUAUACAACUUAAAGGAGGGUGAUAUCAUUACUUUGAAACUCGGCUCGAUAGCUAGACGGCAGAUAGAGUUAUCGAUCUAGCGACAUUAGACCUCCUAUGUAUAACUC